UCCUUCGAAUGCAGUGUGAAGGUGAAGCGGGUGAAGGAAGAAAGGGAGCAUUCCGACCCAUGGCAUCCGACGGAGCUCGGCCACAAGUCCGACGGCCAGACCAUCGAGUGGCUCCUCCGCCAGGCCGUGCCCUCAAUCAUCGCUGCCACCGGAAUCGGAACCACUCCCGCCAGCUUCUCCUCCAUUUCCGUCUCCGUACGCGGCGGUGCUGGCUCUCCCUCUUCUCCUUCCUCAACCUCCGCAGCGUCUUCGCUCGACCACAAGUCCUUGCUCGCUCCCACUCCCUUCAUACUCGGCAAGCGCAUACACACCGAUGACGAUGCUUCCGCCAAGGACGACGGCGUCUCCAUGGGGCCCGCCGUUGGGUCCUUAGUGGGCCCCAGAGCUCCCGCGGGGCUCUGGGCCUUCCCGGUUAAGCCCGAUUUUGGUCAAAUUUGGAGUUUCACAGUGGCUGCUCCUCCGCCGGAGAUGGUUGUGCAGUCGGCGGCGGUGUCGGUGUCUCAGCAGCAGCAAGCUUCUUUGUUCGUUCACUAUCAGCAUCAGCAUCAGCAGCAGCAACAAGCCAUGGGAGAAACUUUGGCGACGAGGCUGGGAAAUUACCUUCUUGGACAUCUGAAUUUGCUGGCUUCUAAGUCAGGAGGGCCCGGAAAAUCUUAG